AUGCGCCUGUCAUCACUUGUUUGUCUGUCGCUCGCAUCUGCAGCCCUUGCAUACAACAAAGCUGCCGUGGAUGCCUUCAAGCGUCCUGCGAAGAAGAGAGCAGAGAUUAUCAAGAAGCACGGACACGCUGCUCAUCCUGCCUUGCCACAAAAAAGGUCACUCGAGGCACGUCAGUCGUCACGUUUCCUGAACAAUGCCACACAAAAGUUCGUGGUGAAUGGUUCGGCCAUUCCCGAUGUCAACUUUGACAUUGGUGAAUCAUAUGCUGGCCUGCUACCUAUCUCCGACAACCCAAAUGAAUCCCGUCAGUUAUACUUCUGGUUCGUUCCUUCGAUCAACCCAGCUGCUUCUGACGAGAUUACAAUUUGGUUCAACGGUGGCCCAGGAUGUAGCUCCUUGAGUGGUCUGCUGACUGAGAACGGACCUUUCCUCUGGCAAGCAGGGACAUUGGCUCCAACACCAAACUCGUACUCAUGGUCCAACCUGACCAACAUGCUAUGGGUCGAGCAGCCUGUCGGUGUUGGCUACUCACAGGGAAAUCCCAACAUUACAAAUGAGGUCGAGCUAGGACUGCAGUUCACCGGCUUCUACAAGCAAUUCGUCGACGCUUUUCAGGUCCAUGGUAGCAAGGUAUACCUCACUGGAGAAAGUUAUGCCGGCAUGUAUGUGCCGUAUAUUGCCGAUGCUUUUAUUACAGCCAACGACACCGACUAUUACAACUUGAGCGGUAUUGCAAUAAACGACCCUAUCAUAGGCGAUGCUACCAUUCAACAACAGGUCGUCAUAUUGCCAUUUGUGGAAUAUUGGUCCAACCUAUUCUACCUCAAUGAGACCUUCAUGAGUGACCUGCGUGACCUGAAUCAAUACUGCAAUUACACUCAAUACAUGGAGAAGUACUAUACCUUCCCGCCUCCGCAGGAAUCUUUCCCAGUCCUACCAGAUCCAUACGCAACGGAGAACGGAUGUUACCUCUUUGAUUACGUCCUGGAGGCAGCUAUAGCGGUCAAUCCGUGCUUCGAUCUUUACCACAUCACCGCCACCUGCCCAUUCGCCGUCAGUCAGCUAGGCAUUGUCAAUCCAGGCGACUACGAGCCACCGGGCGCACAAGUUUACUUCAACCGGACCGACGUACAGAAGGCCAUCAAUGCGCCAGUCGGAACAAAUUGGAUGCAAUGCACAGACAAAAACGUUUUCAAUUAUGGCUACGUUAACAACUAUACCAUCGGCGACACAUCACUUGGCCCAGCUCAAGAUGGUGUACUCCAACGAGUAGUUGAACACACCGGAAACGUCAUGAUAGGGUCCGGAAACCUCGACUUACUUCUCAACCCCAAUGGCACAGUCUUUGCUCUUCAGAACAUGACGUGGAACGGUGCCAAGGGAUUUCAGCAGGACCCUAUGAAAGCCAACCAGUUUUACGUGCCAUACCAUCCUGAGUACAACGGUGGUCGCCUGUCAGAAGCUGGCUACGUUGGAACUUGGGGAGAAGAGCGAGGUUUAUUGUUCUACACAGUACAGCUUUCUGGUCAUGAAUUGCCAGGUUAUGCCGCUGGUUCGGGCUAUAGGGUUCUGGAGAAGCUGCUCGGCAGAGUCUCCAACCUAGCAGAAGUGAGUGACUUUACAACUCAGCGUGGUGGUAACUACCAAGCCAUGGGAACCUCCUCGCUCAUUCCCAGUGCGAGUGCAGCUGAAAAGAACAUGCUGCCUGUAGGUGCUAUGGCGCAUCUUCAGCGGUGA